UCUGUAGUCGCAAGAAAACUGCAGCCAAUAAAAUAUCAUGGCCAUGGCGAUGGUGGAUUGAUUACCUAAUUUGGUCCCAGCAUAGUAUAGUAUUGUUUAGUUAUUAGUUAGUGUUAGUUUUUUGUGUGAACAGAUUCAAUUAUCUCCAAGUUGAAACGUCGCCGCAGAGAGAAAUGAAAAAGAUGGCUGCAGAUACCGCGCUUACACUCAUCAGCCUCGUCGUCAUCAUCAUCAAAAAUAAUUUUCUACUUCCCCCUACCUAUCUAUCUAUGGAGAAUCGGUCAACUCCACCUGCGUUUCUCGCUUUUUGCUCACCCUCUCUUUCAACUCUUCAAACCUCUUUUUUCUUUGCCAGCAAAUUACUACUGCUGCACCUGCUCUCUGUUUCUUGUAUGAAUGAUUCCUCUUGCGUGUUCGUGUUAAGUCACGCCGUUCUUUUAAGGUCGAUGCCAAAUUGCCAAGCGUUCGACAACAAUCAACCUUGGAAGGAUGACCAAAUUUGUGAUGUUGCAGCCAGUUUCAGUAGAGCUUAGAAUGAUUUUAAUCAUUUGUUUUUGUUGGUAUUUUUUGCUUUCGGGUGUAGCUAGCCAACUAACGGAUCCGAAUGAAGUGAAUGCACUGCGGUCUAUUAGAGGAAGUCUAGUUGAUCGGUUUCGACAUCUGGCCUCAUGGAACAGGGGAGAUCCAUGCACUUCAGGUUGGGAGGGGGUUAUCUGCUAUAAUAGCUCGCUCGAAGAUGGCUACCUUCAUGUUAGGGAAUUGUUGCUAUUGAAUAAGAACCUGUCUGGAACUUUAUCCCCAGCACUUGGUCGUUUAUCUCGAUUGAGGAUAUUAGAUUUUAUGUGGAAUAAAAUCAGUGGCUCUAUACCAAAAGAGAUAGGCAACCUUACAAUCCUAGAGCUGUUGCUUUUGAAUGGAAAUGAGUUAACAGGUGCUCUGCCUGAUGAGCUUGGAAAUCUUUCAAAUUUAAACAGAAUACAAAUUGAUCAGAACUACAUAUCAGGACCAGUGCCCAAGUCAUUUGCUAAUUUGAUUAAAGCAAAACACUUCCACAUGAACAAUAAUUCACUCAGUGGGCAGAUACCUGCAGAGUUGUCACGACUUCCGAUUCUUGUUCAUCUGUUGCUUGAUAAUAACAAUUUAUCAGGACCUCUUCCCCCAGAACUGGCUGAAAUACCCAACCUAACUAUACUACAACUUGAUAACAACAACUUUGGUGGCAGUCCAAUACCCAGUUCAUAUGGAAACAUAUCCAAUUUGCUGAAGUUGAGUCUGAGGAACUGCAGUUUACAAGGUCCGAUUCCUGAUUGGAGGAAUAGUCCACGUAUUGCUUAUAUAGAUUUGAGUUUCAACCAGCUUAAUGGAACAAUUCCAAAUGGUACUCUCUCUAUAAAUAUUACUACUAUUGAUCUGUCAGUAAACAAUCUGCAUGGAACUAUUCCCACCAGCUUUUCAAGCCUCCCAUUUCUACAAAAACUGUCAUUAGCAAACAAUUCAUUAAACGGCUCUAUUCCAUCAAGCAUAUGGCAAGAUAGGAUAUUAAAUUCAACCGAGUCACUUAUUGUAGAUUUUGGGUACAAUCAGUUUACCAAUAUUUCAGGCAGACUUCUCUUCCAACCUAAUGCUACAGUCGGGCUUCAAGGAAAUCCAUUAUGUUCGAGUAUCAAUCUAGAUCAAUGUGGGCCACACAACAAUGAUUUCUCCAAUGUCUUAAUUAAUGCAAGCGUCAUUGGUUGUGCUCCUAACUCAUGCCCGCCUCCUUAUGAGAAUGGCCCUGCAAGUCCCACCGUGGCCUGUUUUUGCGCUGCUCCCUUGUUUGUCGGAUACCGGUUGAAGAGUCCUGGAUUCUUAAAUUUCAUUCCAUAUGCCAAUACUUUCAAGGAGUAUCUAAGUUUUGGUCUUAAUCUGGAUAACUCCCAGAUAGGCAUUGAUUCAAUACAAUGGCAAGAAGGACCCCGCCUUAGAAUGUAUGUUAAAAUCUUUCCCAAGCAAGGUGUUCGGGAAUUUAACAGGAGUGAGGUCUUACAGAUCCGGGAUAAGUUUAGUGGAUGGAGGAUCCCAGAUAAUCAAAUAUUUGGACCUUAUGAAUUUAUCAACUUCACACUUUUGGGACCUUAUGAAGAAUUUGUUUCCUCGUCAUCAUCUAGCUUAAGCAAGGGUGCACUGGCAGGCAUUAUAGUGGGGGCAAUAGCUGCAGCUGUUGCUCUAUCUGCAUUGGUUUCACUUAUUAUCUUGAGAAGGCGCAACAAGAAACACUACACAUCUUCAAAGAGGCGACAAUCAAAAAGGGGCUCCAUGAAAAUUGAUGGUGUGAAAGAUUUCACUUACAGUGAAAUGGCAACAGCAACAAAUAGUUUUCAUGACUCGACUGUGGUUGGGCAAGGAGGUUAUGGCAAAGUCCAUAGAGGCAUUCUUGCUGAUGGAGCUGUGGUGGCCAUAAAGCGUGCUCAGGAGGGGUCAUUGCAGGGCGAAAGGGAGUUUCUCACAGAAAUAGAACUGUUGUCAAGGUUACAUCACAGGAAUCUGGUUUCGUUGAUUGGCUACUGUGAUGAAGAAGGCGAACAGAUGUUGGUUUAUGAAUUCAUGCCUCAGGGUACCUUGAGAGAUCACCUAUCCGCUAACACUAAAGUUCCCCUCACAUUUCCUUUGAGGAUAAAAAUAGCAUUAGGCUCAGCCAGAGGCAUACUUUACCUCCAUACAGAAGCCAAUCCUCCAAUAUUUCACCGUGACGUAAAGGCAACCAAUAUAUUGCUCGACUCUAAGUUUACUGCCAAGGUUGCUGAUUUUGGGCUAUCGAAGCUAGCUCCCAUCCCCGAGCUUGAAGGAAAUGUGCCUUCUCAUGUAUCUACAGUUGUCAAAGGGACACCUGGAUAUCUCGAUCCAGAGUACUUCUUGACUCAUAAGCUGACGGAUAAAAGUGAUGUUUACAGUCUUGGGGUGGUGUUCCUGGAAAUGUUGACAGGAAUGCACCCAAUUUCACACGGCAAAAACAUCGUUCGGGAGGUGAAUGCUGCUUAUCGAUCAGGGAUGAUAUUCUCCAUCAUCGACGACAAGAUGGGGUCAUAUCCAUCCGAUGGUGUCGAGAAGUUCAUAAAUCUUGCACUCAAGUGCUGCCAAGAAGAAACCGUGGCGCGACCAUCCAUGGCCGAGGUGGUCAGAGAACUGGAAAACAUAUGGCUAAUGUUGCCCGAAUCCGACACCAAUAUAACAUCAGAUUCUUCGGUCAGCAAUCCCGGCAAACAUAUGACACCAUCUUCAUCGUCUGUUAUGAAAACCCCAUUCCUAUCCCAGGAUGUCUCUGGAGGUGAUCUUGUCAGCGGGUCGAUUCCCUCCAUUGCGCCACGAUGAUGGCAAUACGAUGCCCGCAGCCAUCUCCUGUCGCCAUUUAUGGGAUUCUUACAUAGUUUUUGUACAGAUAUGUGUUUGUAUGAAACUGCAUUGUAGGUGUCCUAUCUUUGUAUGAAACUGCAUUGUAGGUGUCCUAUCUUUGUAUGAAACUGCAUUGUAGGUGUCCUAUCUUUGUAUGAAACUGCAUUCAUACUUGUCUUUUUAGAAGGUUUCAAUUCUGCAGACAAGAAAUCCGAAAGUACCGAUACCAGAUACAUCUCCCUACUUGGGUUUAUAAGUCUAAAACAGAGCCAAAUACAUCUCCCUACUUGGGUUUAUAAGUCUAAAACAGAGCCAAA